AUGCCGACGACGACGCGACGACACAAUGGACUCGUGCGCAUCCGCGAGCGUCUCGUCUCCCCCGCGUCCGAUAGCGUGCACGCCGACCGUUCGCCUGACGCGACCGCCGCCUCCCGCACGCACUAUGGCCACUUGCGCGACAACGUCUGGUACGUCUGUGGCGUUGAUACGUCUUCUGCGACACUCGAGUGGUUCGCAGUCGACACCACUGGUACGGACAAUGCCUCCGCCAGUAGCAAUCGUCGAAGCAGUAGUAGUAGCAGCAGUGCCCUAUUGCUAACGAGCACGAGCAUCUCGGGCGUUGAGGCUGUGGACAGAGAACUGGAGAACGCGCUCGACGGCGCACGGACCGAACGGAACGUGUCGCGAGGGUGUAGCCAAGUCGACAGCUGUUUGUUCUAUGUGGAGGACAACGUGCUGGGCGUCGUGCUCUUGGUGGAAGCUGAGACGCAGACGCAGAGGGAUCAGUGGGUGCAACUGCUCGACGAGGUGGUAGUUCACAAGGACGAGGGGGAGACCGAUCAGGCUGAAGAGGAGGUGGAUGGAGAAAAGAACGAGGCAAAACAGGUGGGGGACGAGCAAGAGGGGGGGAACGAUGCGCUUGGGCUUGUGCACGUGUCAGUGCCCGCGUCGGCUUCGUCCGUGCGACCGCUGCUGCAUCAAGGCAGGUCCGAAAAUCUACUUGAAGAAGGCGAUCCGUUCGGUUUACUGUCGCUCACGACGUCAGCAUUGCGUUCGUUCAAGGCGGCAGCGAGCAAAGCUGCGCCUGGGAUGUUUACGAUGGACCACUUUGAGCUCGUGGGGAAAAAUGGAGACGCAGGGGAGAUUGACGAUAUGGACGCUAGUGUCGAGCUCGAUUGUGCAGCAGACGCUGCAUCAGAUCCGUCGCUAUUGCGGCUGGCAGAUCAACAUCAGAAUGGACAAAUCGAACCCUAUGGUAGACGCUCCAACAGCGACGCGACCGACCCUCGUAGCUCUCGUGUCGUUCGGGAAUAUGCUAUUAGUGGUACGAAUCGGCGGCACAGUUUGAGCGCUGUGUUUGGCUCCGUUCUACGCCCGAGUCAUGGCUGUCUACGCUGCAGUAAGCGACUUGGGCGGUUUAUACAUACGCCGAAGUUGUGCGCGUCCUGUACGCACCGUUUUUGUCGUGAUCAUUGCAACCAGUGGACCACCAUAUAUACACCCAAACCGAUGACCCCAUCAGCUCAAGAUAUGAUCCGAUCUCAAGCAGGCGUGGGAGCUGUCCUCGCAACUGGACUGAAACGUGUGUGCAUGGACUGCUUUCUGCGACAACAGCUGCUAACGUCACUACAAGAAGCUGGAGUGUACUAUGCGUCUGUCGUCGACGAAGCCGGUGGGUUGUCACGCCUUGUGCGCUGGAAAUAUUUUGACCAGGCCCCCAAGCUUACGAUUGCUGCUCACAUUCGCGCUCGAAAUCUCGGUCCUUUGAGUCUUCUCGCUGCAAUGUACAAGUACCGACAGCAGCCAUUUAUGUUCGUCGUGGUGCUAGCGCAGCUAGUGCACAAUGUCGAGAAUUGCCUGGAUACGAUGGACUUUUAUUGGCCACAGUUUUUGCAAUGGGGCUUUGUGAACCUUUCGGAUGCGUCGAACAGCAUCCGUGCCUUCUAUCUCUUCUUUCUAGCUGCGGCUGCUCGUCGCAGCGUGCACUUAGCUGUCAAGGCAGCUUGGGAGUGCAUUGCUGCUCAUUGGGACGUAAUGGCAGAAGGGUAUUACAAUCGUGGAAACGAAGUUAUAGUGAUGUUAUUCUUCGUGAUGAACGUCAACUUUGGCGAACUUCGAAGUGUAUUGCCGCAACUGUUGUUUCCGCUAGCACCUGCACAUCAACGCGAAUCGUUCGACAAGUUGCUGGAACAACUGUACGAAUACAUUCGUCGUAUCUACGCUACCUCCCAACGCGAGUCUCCUUUUUACGAGUGGCUUCUCGCGCGCAGCAAGGAGGAGAUAUUGAUCAGUUCACGAAACGUGCGCAAGCAGCUUCGUGCUGGUGAUGGGUUUUUGGACCCAUUUCCGACUGACUACAUUGAAGAAGCACAACUCAUGCUAGUAGAACGUCGGCGAUCGGGAACCCAACAUUAUGUGGAGACGAAGCAGCGGAUUUGGAGCAAACCUGCUCAACACGUGUUUGGCGACGAAAUGCGGCUCGUGAGAUUUCUCGUGGAUCUGUGCACUUUCCUGAAAGAAAACAUAUCCGAGCCUUCGAAGCGAAAGACACAGCUUCCUGCACUUUUGCAGGAGAUGCUUCGAGGGAAGCAUAUUCGUCCCGAAGCUGCGUUGCCACUGGCAGGUGACGUGAUUCGUCCACACCGCGUGGUCAAUGUUCUUACGGAUGAAGGGACAGUAUUUUCCACCAAGGCCCGUGCGCCGACAUUGGUUUUCUUUGAGGUUAUUGCUGCGUCACUAGAAAGUGAUGGUGGCCUUCCCGGCAGCGAGCUUGAUACUAUAGCGGAUGCUGCCGCGGACGUGAUAAGCGACAUAACGGGGGUGUUGGAACCACACCAGCACGAGAUUAUUAGCUACCUCGAUGGAGAAUUUGUGAUGUCCUAUGUGGCCGAUCUGAUUCCCAUGUCAUCUCAGGACUCAUUGCGGUCUUCGGUUCCGGAGGACCUGGACGGUCUAAACCAUGUACUCUCGGUAGACAUCACAUCCCUUAGUGGCCAAGGUGAAACCGACAGCCUUUGCGGUAGUGAAAGUGGUGCUGAGGAGACGAAUGGUGAGGACGAUUUGAACACAAGGGACAGCUCAAACUCGGCAAACUUAUUCGAGGCCUACAAAUGUCGAUUCUUUGGCGAACGCUUUGCCGACAUGCAAAGACGUAUUCGAGACCAGAGCUCUUUCUCGCAUUACGACGGCUGGGCGCUGAUCCCUGUUAUUGCGAAGAGUUUUGACGACAUGCGCCAGGAGGUCUUCGUGCUACAAGGACUGAAGUUGUUUCAACUUAUCUUCCGCAAACAUGGUCUCAGUCUCUGGAUGCGCUACUACAGCAUCGUGUGUGCGGGUAAGGAUUGCGGACUGCUGGAGGUGAUCACCGAUGCGCAGUCGCUGGACGGCCUGAAAAAGAGAGGAAAGGCGGAUGGUGGCGUUGGCACCUCGUUGGUGAAGAUAUUCGAUGAGGCGUGUGGUCGAGAUCCCGUGACUGGCAAACGCGAUCCUGUCCGCCUCGAGAGGGCCCGUGCCAAUUUUAUCUCGAGCAUGGCGGCUUACAGUCUUUUUUCCUACAUCUUCCUCGUGAAGGACCGACAUAACGGCAACAUCAUGCUCGACACUGAAGGCCACGUCGUGCACAUCGACUUUGGCUUCGUUCUAGGUAUUGCGCCCGGUAACACGUUCAGCCUUGAGACGGCCCCAUUCAAGCUCACGUCUGAAAUGGUGGCGAUCAUGGGCGCCGAGGGCUUCAAUCACUACCGACAGCUCAUGGCUCAAGGAUUGCUCGCCCUGCACCUAGAAGCUUCGCAGUUGCUGUCUCUUGUAUACUUGUCGUCCAAAGACUCGUGCUUUCCCUGCUUCAAAGGCCAGUCGCGAGCCCAAAUAGUUCGGCGCCUUAGCCGUCGUCUGUGUGUUGGCUGGAGUGCCCAAGAUGUUGAGCGUACUGCUUUCCGCAUUGUGGACAAGAGCAGUGGGCACCGUGGCACGAGGCAAUACGACUGGUUCCAAAAGGUUUCGAAUGGCAUCUUACCGUAA